GCCACCUAUGGGAAUCUAACUAUUGUUCAUUUUUCAUUCAUUCAUUUCGCGCACAUCCAGAGAACACAGAAAAUGAAAUGUUCUGAUUUUGUAGUGAAAGACAGAAAUUCUGGACAUUGCGGAACAAAUAUUAUUACACAUUGUUGGCUUUGAAGAAUGUACAAAGAUUAUAGAAUACCGUAAUGACCAUGGUCUGAAAAUAGUGUCAUCGCCAGACUUACUUCAUGGAUAGACACUCCCGCUCGGUUGCUCUUGAGAAGAAACACGUCCACGAUGUCUAUGAUAAGAUUGCACCACACUUCAGUGAUACACGCUACAAAGCCUGGCCCAAGGUCAAAGGUUUUAUUGAGGCAUUGGAACCGGGAAGUCUUGUUGCUGAUGUCGGAUGUGGGAACGGGAAGUAUUUGCAUAUAAAUCCGUCAGUAUACAAGCUAGGAUCAGAUUGUUGUUCCAAAUUGACUGAAAUUGCUCAGCAGAGGGGGCACAAUGUCUUGAUUUGCGACAACAUCAACCUUCCGUACAGGAGCGGGAGCUGCGAUGCUGUCAUCUCCAUUGCGGUCAUUCAUCACUUUGCUACCGUGGAACGACGUGUUCGAGCAUUGCAGGAGCUUGCUAGGAUCACAAGGCCGGGGGGAAGGCUUAUGGUAUGUGUCUGGGCACUGGAACAAAGUCAUAGAAAGUUUGAUGCACAGGACGUGUUAGUACCUUGGCAUUUCCAGCCUAGGUCAACAAAUAAAUGUGUGAAGAGUUCAAAGGAAAAUGAUGGAAGCAACAGCUCGGGCAGUGAUGACGAAUCGUUUUACAACUCAAAAAACUUAAAACAAAGACUGAAAAAAUAUCACAAAAGCAAUAAGAAAAAUAAUAGCAAUAAUGAAUCAUGUUUGAGCCAGCAUCAAUUGUUGCAGCAACAUCUCAAUUCAGAAACUUUAAAAAGGCUUCAAAAUGGACAAACAAGAUUAAGUAGAAGUCUGCAACGAGAAAACACUAAAGCAACCACACACCAAAGAAGUUCUAGUAGUGAUGGAAGAUGUAUUGUAACACAUCACGCAAGAUAUCAAGCAAUUCCUCAAGGAAAGAAGAUCCGGCAUAGUUCAACUGGGAGCAGCGUUGACGAGGAAUCAGUCGAAAGUCCAAAAAUGUCUAAAAAAUUAGAAGGUUUCUUAUCAAAGGCAAGUAAGUUUGAGCAAGUUAAAGCAGAGGAGAAUUUUGGCAAUAGACUGUCAAGUGCAAUACAAGAACUAUUUGUGAAGAGAAUCUCAGGUGUAUCAAAUGAUAUCAAGUUAACUUAUACCACUACUGAGAGGAGGAAAGAACUCAGUCGCCAUGGCUCUGAAAGAAGUGUGAGAGAGAGUAGUGAUAAAUACAAGUUAUCUUUUCUUACAAGGAGUAGAAGUGAAGACAGUAAGAAUUCUUCCAAGAAUGGAAAAAAUGAAUCUCUUAGGGAACUCACAACAACAUUUUGGAAGAGUAAAGCCCAGCAGGUUCAUCCUGAUUACCAAAGCCAUAUGAGGGCUGCCCUCAACGAUUAUAAUGCAACAAAAAUUUCUACAAAUCUCGAAGACAGUGGUUUCUCAGAAUCUCCUUGUAGAGUUAGCAUUUACACAGAUGAUUUUGUUGUUAUCACUACGGAUGACUACACUCUUUGCAAAACGUGUCCAUCCCUCCUAAGCAAUGCUUCCAGUACUAAACACAGUCCCUAUAAGUUGUAUUCAGAUUUUGGUUUGUGGAAUGGGAUUAAGAAUGUUAGCAAAAAUCAAGAAAGAAGGACAGUUUUGCCAGGCAAUUCAGCCAAAGCUGCAUUAAAGUGCAUGUCAGUGGACAUUGGAAUGUGCUUCUCACAUAAAAGAGCAAGUCCGCCAACAGUUGAAGUCAAUAUAGCCACAGCUAAAGGGCAAGUUUAUAGAAAAGCCUCACAUUUAAAGAAGUCUCUCUUAAAGGAAGUAGUGUCACCUAUGGAAUCUAGAUCAUCAUCUGAAGAAAGUUUGUCUUCGAUACCUGUUGAGGUCGGCCGUCAUAACAGCCCCAGAGUUCGUCGUAAUCAUUCUGAUAGUAGCUUUGAGAAGACUCAAUACAUUCAGUAUAGUCCUCAAAUGCCAAAACGAGCGGUCAACAUGCGACGAUGCCGGUCAAGCGAUGUUGCUGCUCUGGAGGAGAAUAAAGAGGAUUCAGCAGUCUUUGAACCAGAAGAUCCUUCCACUUGUCUGCGUUACUACCAUGUCUUCAAAGAAGGAGAGUUAGCAAAUCUUAUAGAAAACCAUGUAACAAACUUGCAUGUUAUAGAAAAUUAUUACGAUCAUGCCAAUUGGUGUGUUAUAGCAGAGAAAGUGAAUGUUUGGACAAUAUGAAUCCUUAAGCCCUGUCCAUACUAUCAAAUUUUCCUUAAGCCCUGUCCACACUAUCCAAUUUUCCUUAAGCCCUGUCCACACUAUCAAAAUUUUCUUAAUCCCUGUCCACACUAUCAAUUAUUCCUUAAGCCCAGUCCGCACUAUCAAAAUUUCCUUAAGCCCUAACCACACUAUCAAAUUUUUCUUAAGCCCUAUCCAUAAUAGAAUUUUAUUUGACAUGCUUAAAUAUUAAAUAUGGUCAUGAUGAUAUCACAUCACAACCAUAUAAAGGCACAUCAACGGUUUUUUGCCUAAGAAAAUUUGAUAAUCUGGACAAAACUUAAGGAAGGAAUCAUUAUUUUCUAUUUGAUACUGAUACUGCUUAACCACCUGUGGGACCACAUUUUAUGAUAACAAAAGGGGUAUUUUAUAUCAAUGUUUGUGUAUAUCAUACAAAGUUUUGUAUGUUUAUACAAAUAUUUUAUAGAUUUUAAUCUAAUUAUUUUUUAAACUUUUAGAUUAGGAAAUUGAUUAAUGAAAGAUACAUAACAGUGGUUGGUUCUUUAAAUUUGGUUUCUUCCAUAACAACAGUGAUAUACACUACAUCGUUGCUUAUCCCCACAAACUCAUAUUUCAAUAUUUAUAUAUUUUUUCGGUAUUUUACAUACUAUUGUGGAUGUAUUUGCCGAUGUCAUUAGUAUUCGUCCAUAACAGAUUUUUGAAUUAAGAAUUUUCCAAAAAUGUAUGACUAUCUAUUUACAUUAAAUAAAUCGAUAUACAUGACGUCAUUCAUAAUUACGCAUAGGCAUACUUUCAUUAAUCACACCCAAAGGUAUUUGGGUAUAAAUAUAUCAAAAUCGUUUAAAUUUAUGUAUGUUCUUUUAUGACUGUAUAAUGAAAUCGAUGUAUUCUACUAUGCUUGGUAAACUGUACGUUUGAUUUUGUCCAUUUAGUUUUGAUAGGUAUGCAAUAUAAACGGUCUUUCGGAGUUACUGGUGUUGAUCUGUUAAGCCUGGUUUUCAUAAAAUCGCUACACAGUCACAGGGUUUUCAAUGCAAUAAUUGCACUGCGUUGCUGUCCCCGACCUGACCCCAACAAAAUUGACCUUUUCAGAGUGUCAAUCAAACUUAACAACUGACCAAUCAGAACAGCGCUAGGAAUACGUGCGCGUUUCACACACGUGUUGUCCCACAAACACGCGUGUUCGCGUAUGUUUUCCUACCGUGUAAACAAGGCUAUGGUUGUAACCAAGGCAAUUGCCUUGUUUUAACACUGUCGUCUAGUGGGACCUUAGCAACAAUAUCCAAGGAGCAGAGCUUAGUGGAAAGGUUCAUUGGGAACGCUCCCAAUCAGCAUCGCCAAGGGAAUCGGCGAUCAUGUGUAGCAAUUUUCAAUGAAACCAUUUUUUAGUGUUGUGGUGUUUUGUUGAGUAUUUCAUACUAACAAAAAUAUGUGUGCAAUCCAGUAUGAUACAAUUUUUUAUUUGUUUUUAUUAUGUACAUUCAUGUGCAUAAAAUGCAUAUACUGUCAUUGUUCAUAUUUGCACGAAUCAUAGGAUGAACAGUUUUGGAUGUUUUAUUUCAACAUACUCAAAAUGAAUUUUGAUCUGGGAUUUACUGUGACGUUAAUUUGUGAGAACCUAUUUUGCAUAAUGCAGUAAUAGUUUACAUAUGUUUCAAUCGGCAUGCCAUUUGCUGGUUUAUUAGUCUUAUGGGACAUAUGAGCUAAGAUAAAAGAAAACUAUACUGCGCACCGAUUUCCAGUUACAAAUCAUGUGACCUGCUGAUAGUACAGUACAUAGUAAUUGUGUGCCCUUUCUCUUAAAAUGUUUAACUAUGUUUCUGAUAAUUGAAAUAUUUUAUGUAAAUGUUCAUCAUGUGAUUUUGAAAUUGAUUUCAAUUGUUUCUAAGAUUCUUUUAGUACAGAUUGAAGAAAAACUGUAUGAAAUGAUAUUAAAUGUAAUGUACUUUAUACGUGCAAUUAUUUAACUAAAUGUAAUUUUAACAAUGUAACAAUUCAACAUGUAGUGUAAGAAUAUCUGUAUGGUUAAGUUUAAUUUACAAACUUGUAUCUUCCCAGUACUAUUACGCAGCACCUGUAUUUGAUGUAUGAACCCUUAUUUUUUAGACCCUAAUGAUGUCUGACUCCCAAUUUGUGUAGGAAUAGUUCAGAAUAAAAGUGUGUUACGUGGUGUUAACAUGUGCAUGCUUUUCAUGUGCGCUUAUUGUGAAAUGUGCAUGGAAUUUGUAUUAUGGUGUGUGAGAUGCCUUUGAGAUGCCUUUGAUCUAAUUAGCUUGUAUGAUGUCGAGCUCACUGUAUGGCUGGGGUUAGUGUCGUGAAUAUGUGAUACGAGUGUAUUGUCAACGUUUUGUGUGUGGUUGAGUGAGUGCACGUGUGUGGUAUUUUUUGAGUGUGUGCCCAUGUGUAGGCCAUAGGUAUGUAGGCCUAUGCCGUGUGAAGGUACCUAUGCUUGAUGAUGAGGGAAAUCUGGCUUCAGUGUUUGAUUUUGAGAUGACGUUUCUGUGUUGUAUAAUACGUGUAUGCUUUGUACUGUGUGCGUGAUGUCUUACAAAUUGCGUAUUGCGUGCAUGUGUGUGUGUGGUGUUAUUUUGAUUGGGCCUUUAGUGUUGUAUGAUGCGUCGUGUGAUGUGUUAUUCCAGUAUGGAGAGGAAAGAGAGCCUUCAUGGUGGGCCCUGAAUAGAUUGUCGAUGUGGGUGUCAGUAUAGUGUGUGUAUUCCUGUAAAAUGUGCGCGAUUCGUAUUAGUGGGACGUGCGCGUGGAUGUACCCGAGUGCGAUUGUUUUCAAUGUAGCCUUUCAUCGGCUAAUCAAUAUUCCAUGUUUCCCUAUGCACUACCCGUAAGCCAUUUCACAGAUCGUUAGUAUUUACAGUCGUUUCAGUCUAAUAUAUAUAUAUAUAUAGUUUUUUAGCCUUAAAAACGUAAUUUGUUUAUCAUUUAAUACACUGAAUAAAUAUCUGACUACCUGUUUUCUGUGUGUAGUAUUUACCGUUAUAUAAAUUUCUGUGACGUGUUUUACAGUACAUAGAUAAGUAUUUUUCUACCGAGUGUAAGAAAUCUGUAACAGUGUGCGCUAAUAUUGUAAUCCUCAUAUUGUCCUCAUAUUAAUAAAAACGAUAAUACAUUUUAAGAGAUCGUGUAUUUUUUUAGCCUAUUGUGUUACUGCUAAUUGUCUUGAUUAUUGUACCCGUUAACGCUACUUGUUUUUGUUUGGUUCUCAAAGAAAGGAAAUAAAGUAAUCUACUCAAUGGCUCAGUA